AGGGUAAAAACUUUUUUCAAGUUAAAAAUGGCGACUUUAGAGAAGUUGGUGAGAACAGUGGAAGCUCUAAAACUUCAUCAAACCCCCUCAAUGUCAUUUGAUGAAACAAUGACGAAAAAAGAGAAGAUCUCGCAUUGUGCUUCUGUAACAGAUGUCCUCUGCAACCAAGGAACUAAAAACAGUCCAGAAUCCGCCAAAUAUUUGGCAAUGGCGAUGGAUAUGUACUUUACUCUGUUAGAUGACCAAGAUUCUGAUAUGAGGAUGGUUGCAGAUGAAAAUCUAAACAGAGUUAUUCGAACACUAGGAGAAACUAAUGUAACAAGAAUACAGGUUGAAUUGUACAAGGAGAUAAAGAAGAACGGUAGUUCUAGAUGUGUACGAGCUGCACUUUGGAGAUUUUCUUAUCUUGCUCCUCAUAUUCGACCAGCCAAAUCCAGAGCUUAUCUAGUGAAUUUAAUGCCUUGUUUGGACGCAAUCGUCAAAAGAACAGAAGAAUCAAUUCAUGAAACUUUAGCAUACUCUCUUCCACUACUAUUUAAGGUUUUGGGAAACUUUGCAAAUGACAAUGAGAUAAAAGCUUUAAUGAAGACUUUUUUCACCAAUAUUUGCUGCGUGAGCGCAGUACUUCGGCGCACUGCCGCACAGAACCUUGUAGUUCUGGCAACUAACAGUAGAAAACCAGUCGUCUUCACUUCAUGGCUUCUCAAUACAGCGUGUAAUAUGCUUCUUCCUCUUGGUUCUGAUAUUCCUUCGAAUACAGUGAUCGGAGUUCUAACUGUUUGCCGACAAAUACUUCCUCAUAUUCAGGGAUCGGAUGAUUCAAGCCAAUUUUUAAGGCUUUAUGAAAUAUGCAUUUUCUUCCUCAAAAUAAAGGAUCAUAAUAUUGUGAACGCUAGCCUGGAAACCCUGCAAUGUCUUCUCCGCGUAGAAUCCAAACUAUUUAUCUACCUACUCAAUACACCUGCAGGGUUGAUGUCCUCGAGCAUAACAGAGACUCCGCAAGAUCCAAAUAUUCCUGCCAAGGAGCUCGGCCUCCAACACACCACUAACCUAUCGGAUUUUAGCCGCCCAUUAGCCUCUAUUCCAACGGAUUUCAGCCUCCAGUCUAUUUCUGAGUUUGCAGAGAACACUGUAGAUCCUGUACUGGUUUUAUCCGAAGGAGCUCCAUCAAGCAGUAUUGAUCUGAAUCCUGUAGAUGUGAAUGAGACACCUCCAGUAGUAAACAUCUCUCCAGUUGUUGAAGAUAAACCUGUACUCAAGAAGGAAGAGGAUGAAGAAGAAUUGAAUAUUGGAAGUUUUAUAGGAGAAGGCGUGUCUAUCCAGUAUUUGGCCCGCCUCCUCGUCUCCAGGUUUCUUCUAACCAGAGAUAAAGGAACUUUAGUUCCAGAUUCUUCUGUUAGGGUUAGCGUGAAAACUCUGGCGUUGUCCUGUAUGUGCGAAGUAUUGUUGCUAAACCCUCAGACCUGGAAUCUGCAUGUUUCAUUGGAGGAUUUUGAAGAAUUUUCUUCAGUUACCGUAUCGGAUCUAACCCAGUAUCUUGACCACGAAGACCCUGGAUUAAGAGGAUCCACAGCAAGACUUCUUUCAAUUCUUCUCAGAGGAGCAUGUAUUGAAAGUGGAGGCUCUCCCUCUCAGUGGUUCGAAGGAAGCUUGCUAAAUUCUGAUGAGAUUUCGCAUAUGCUAAUCUCAAGUCUGAAGGAUUCCUCUUCUUUGACAAUAAAGCAGGCGCUGGCAGGGAUCAAACUUCUAAUUCCACAACUUCUAGAGGCAGAUCUAGUUUCUUCUACAUCUAGAUUGCUGGAAACCGUAUUAGCACUUUCAAACAACAGUUAUUGGCUGAUCAAGAUGGAACUAUGUGAUCUACUGUCCAAGAUUGAUCCUCUAUCUGCAUCCUAUAUUCUCCCAGAUCUGAUAGAAGAGAUGGCGUGCACGAACGAUGCUGGAAACCCAGUCCAUCAUCCUCCUGAGCUUCCUAAACCUCAGAUCACAUUUUCCUCCUCAGGAUUCCAGGUUAUCCUAGAAAUCUACGGAUUACUGAAGACAGCUGGGAACAAACAUCUAUUGUUUGGUUGUAUUGAAGCUUUAGAUAAAAUCAUUCAGUUUUAUCCGCCCGGAGAAUACCCAGGGGUGUGGGGGAUUCAUAUGCCACGGUUAACUAGGGCGACUGUAAUUAAAGAGGCUACUGUUCAGUCCCCGGCGUCCUCUCUACUCAAUCAUAUUCUGCUCCUUCUUGAAUCCUCAAUAUACUGUACAGAUCUGAUGGUUCACUCAAGCCUACUCAGGAUAGCAGCUGGACUAUACUCAGGACUUGUUUGUCACAAUCUGCGAGAAACUGGUGAAGUGUCGAGGGAUGGAAUCAAUUCUUUAGUUCUAGGAGAUACAGCUCUCAGCAGAUGUGGAGAUGAGCUGCUCCAGCAUCUAGUUAAACUGCUCUCCAUCAGCCAGCAUGUCCUGGAGGAUAUACAACCCGUCCAGACCUCCUCAAAACCCUCUCUCCCCUCCCUGCAGAACACGACAUUGUCUCCGAUCAAGAAGAAGCAGAACCCGGAUCAAGCUCCAGGAUCCACAUCUCCAACACCAGGGGAGAAACCUUCCAAGGACGAGAAGAAACUUAGAGGAUACUUCUUUGGAAAUCCGUUCUACAUGAAGAUGUUCGAGAUUCUCAAGUCCAGCUUCAAUAUCUACAAGACCUCUUUGGACGAGAAGAGUGAGGAGAAGGUGUCCGGCUACGUGGUGAGCGUGCUGAAUUGUUUCUCUGAUGUGAUGAACUACAGUAUAGGGUUCGAGGUUGGGAAGCAUGUGGAGGAGUAUCUGAUGUACAUGAAAGCAUGUAUGGUGAUAGCACCAAGACCAGCUUUGAUCUCUGUGCAAGCACUGCUGAGAUGCCUGUUUAAGAAUAAUUUUCCCUUUCUCUAUAACAGCAGUAUUCCUUCCUUCCCGAGAAUACAGACAUGUCCUUCAAUUUUCGAGGUAAUUAUCAGCAGUCCGUACACAAGCUUUACAAUAGAACAUGGUCUCAACCUCGAGGCUAGAGAUUUAUCUAGUAGCAGCAGCAGCAGCUCAGCCUCACUGAGGAUGUCUAUUGUUAGAAACCAUCCUUUUAGACCUAUCAGGAGUGCUGCAGAUAAAAACUCUUUGGCUUCCUUUAUCCGACUGUUUGAGCCGAUGGUGAUCAAAGCAUUGAAACAUUACACAGUUUCUUGUGAUAUAUACACUCAGAUUGAAGUAUUGAAGUUGUUGAUUCAAUUGGUUCGACUGCGUGUAAAUUACUGCUUGCUGGAUUCAGACCAAAUAUUUACAGGUUUUGUUUUGAAACAGCUUGAGAAUAUCGAGGAGAAUCAGCUGAAUAAUGCGGAGAAUAUUAUCCCUGUUAUAUUUGAGUUCCUCACCCUACUCUCCUAUGAGAGCUAUCAUUCCAAGGUUAUAAUCGAUGUUCCUAAGAUUCUCCAGCUGUGUGAAGGAUUAUCAGCUGGGGAUCAGCGUAGUGCCGCGUACACUGUUGCUGCGCUUCAUGUGGUGGCUACAGAUCUAUUCACCACCAGGUCUAGUACAGGUGAUGGUGAGUUGGAUACUCAGCGUGAAGUUAUUAUCAGUAUGCUGCUCCGCUAUAUUUCUCAUCCUACCGUUAUAUCAACUAUAGCUAGUAUACUCACGUGGAUACGAGGAGAGGCGGGGGGAGAAGAGAAAUCUAGGAAAUUAUCCAGACAAAUACUUGAUGUUCUUCUACCACAACUAUGUGGUCACCAGAUUCAAUUAAGUCAUCAAAACCACGUGGUAGGGUUGUUGAAACUUCUAAAAUCUCUUUGCCCGGGCUCAUUAAGACCUUGUGAUGCAGUGGUGUCAUCUUUACUAAGUUGCUCUGUUGAUUUGAACAAUUUAACCGAAAUCCAUUCCUGGCUCGCGUUCACCAUCACCAGCUUGGUCAUCAUCUUCCAGUUGAGCCCCGAGGAGGCCAUCUUGGGCAGGCUGCAGGAGCUUGGAAUAAUGUUGGGAAGUGGAACUGGAUCCAGUAUUCUAGACUCUAGUAUGGAGAGUAGCUGUAGCUCUACUGAUCCCUUGAGACAGGGUCCUGGAUCCCCCCCGGAGUUUACCCUUGUCACAUUCCUCUUCCAUUGUGUUGGAGCAGCAACAUCCAAACUUCAUCACAUGGUGUUCUCCACUAUACCUCAGGAUAAACCUGGACAAAGGUUUCUGGAGUGGGAGCUCAAGGAGAUCCUUCUUAUUGUCAUGUAUAUUCUUCAAUCUGGGAACUGUUCAAGGAUUGCCAAAGCUGGGAUUCAUCUUGCUAAGAACUGUCCUCCUGGAGCUUUACAUAAUAUAGAUUUAAUCACAGAUAUGAUACUUCAGCUCUCAAACUCCAAUCCAACCAUUGUAACUCAAUGGUUGUACAUCAUGAUACUUCUAGACCGUUCUCCCAUCCCAAUCUGGGCCAAGGCCUUGAACUCCGGCACUGGAGUAUUUAAUUCUAUAAUUGCUGGAACUGAAACCUCCGAACCCUCCUCAGUUCUAAAUCUUGAAAUUGUGAGAAGAUCAUCUCUAGCUGUUGUUUCCAACCAACUCAUUGAGAACACUCAUGACGGAGAGCUUUUGGCCUGGUUUCUCUCCUCACAAAUCCGCGAAAUAGUUCAAUACGCCAACGAGCCGCAAAUCCACGAACUCCUGUCUGUAAUCCACAGACAAGCUCCAUCCUCCGGUCUCUUCCUAGAAUCCAUCUCAGCCCGCUGGGACAUCAUGAAGAGCUCCCAUUUUAUGAAGUGUACCCUAGACUGCCUUGCAAAUACUCAUAAAGCACACACUGGUCGGGUACUCAAUCUCCUGGUCAAUAAGUACCUUGUACAUCCGUCCCUAGCACUGUCUAAACGAGCUAAUGUCGAGGCCUGUAAAAGGGUGGAAAUUCUUCUUCAAGAAUCAGAGGUCUUUGUUCUUGAACAGCUUCCACAAUCAGAGCUUUCAAAAAUCUUGGAGCUACUUUCAAAGAAAAAGCUGCUUGUUAGGUUUGCACGCUUGAUCGGGUUAUUUAAUCGUCUCUCCGUCUCCUUCUAUGAGCUGUCUCCGGUGGAUUUCGGAGACGGACGGAAGUUCCAUCCUGGAUCCAUAUCCAACGUGGAGCUUGAUAAUACUUGGUUUCUCAACCAGGUUAAACGAUACUGCUGCUCCAUAUCACAACCUAAGGAGUGCGCUAAGCUUCUCUCUAACCUUGGAUUCGGAGAUAUAAUGCUGGUGCUGACCGCUAAAGAUUUUAAUAUCCGUAUACUAGACGAGUGCUUAGUUCAGGGGAUAACAUUACCAGACGGUAGAGCUCCUAGUAUGGAUAGUUUAGAUAGACUUCCGGGACUACUCAGCGAUCCAGAUAGAUCUCCAGGUUUACGUGAGGUUGGAUACCAGAUAAAGGAAGGCCCCCCCUUGUUCCGCGCUGCCAGCCAAGUUCUCCUCCAGCACAUCAAGAACCUUGUAGAGCUUCUUCCUAGACCUUCACAGGUGUAUAGACCUCAGAACUGGUGGCAAGUGUCUGGCCAGGAAUCAAGAUACAGUCACAAAUUAGACGAUUUCUUCUCAAGAACAGACGGACGAAACCUUCUUAUCCAGCUUCUACCAGCUUUCUCCAAACUGUUGCUGACCUACCCCCGGCUUCCGGGAAGACGACCUACUUUACCUCCCCACGCAGUACUGGAGAUGGCCAGGUUUGGUAUAUUAGCUCUGGAGCUGGUAAAAUGGAUCCUGGUCGGGAGAAGAGAGGAUAUACCCGGGAAGGAACACAUUUUAGAUUCAUGUCUUCAAGUUGCUAGUCUCACCUUCUCCAAUCCUCAUCUGACCAGCGCGCUCUCGCUUCCUGCACAUAAUGCAUUGGUCAGCUCUGCUGUGUUAUCUAUUACUGAUUAUAUCCUUGUAUCAGUCCCUGGGUUUACUCUGCCUGAGUAUCCCUAUGAAAAGAUUUCUAAUCUGAUUAUUCUGCCAAGUCCUCCAAGUAUCCUGGUAUCUGGAACCUGCCUAGCCAAGCUUCUUAUGGUUUACGAACAGAAUCAAAAUAUUUUAAAUCUGUCGGAAGAUGUAUUUACCAUUAUUGUUGGAUUAUCCCGACUCACUCAGUUCUCUAGUCUAACCCGAGCUCCGCCCCUUGCAUUUAGUCUGGGUUGGAGCCCUGACCUGGGGUUGGAUCAGGGUAUCCAUAUAUCUAGUAUUCCCGCUUACCUUCUCCAGGAGAAGGAGGUUCUGCAUCAACUUGUUUGGAGAUUGAAUACUUUAGGAUGGAGCAGUAGAGCACAGUUUGAAGAAACAUGGAUGUCUCUUCUGUCCGUGUUAAAUGUAUCCAAUGAUGAUCUGAGUAAUGAAGAAAUUUCAGCAUUAUCCCAGAGCACAGCUCUGGUAGUAAAUGCUUUAUCAUCCCUUUUGGUAACUACUUUAGCUUUACCUGUAGCAGGUAUACCUGGAGCACAGCUUCUUCACCAUCCUAGAGACACUCCAAACCCUUUCCUGCUCUCAGGUCGAGGCCAACAGUUGACAGCUAUUCAGAAUAUUAUCCAUCAGCGUCUUGAUGACGCUGCAACCAGGAUUGGGCUUCCAGUUGAUAGUUCGGUCAAUCUAGAGAGAACUUAUAGUUUAACUGGUGAGCAUAGAACCAGCUACAGUCCUGUACCCAGAACCAGGUACGGAGCAGGACAGGUUAGCUUGAGCUACAUGUCAACAUGUAUGGCCUACCAUGAGGAAGGAUCAGAUGACCGGCAAUCCAUCACCUCCUCCGCUCUUCCACUCUUCCUCUUAAUCCGCGAGGAGAAUCUAGCAGCUGCAGGGUUAGAUACUAAUUCUUGUAUUCAUUUUAUCAUUGAUCUCUUCUCACAGUGGCUUGCCUUUGGGGGACAGGACACUCCUUUGACUGUUCUAACUGCUGCUGUGAGAUCUAUUAUUAUGGUAUCUGAUAUAUUUACCCAGUCAAACCAAUUCAACUGGAUGCUCAGUACACUGAGCGAGCUACAGAAGGUACAUCCUGGUGAGGAUGAAAUUAUGUCAAGUAACCUCUGCCUAGGACUGUGUAAAGCUGUGGCUGUUCUUGGAACAUCAGAUACCGAGCUCAUGGAGAGGUUAAAGAAGAGUAUUGAAUCCUGUCUUAGAUCUCAAUAUAUAUUUGCUAGAACAGCAGCUCUGCAUGGUUCCCUCUACCUGCUGCAGAGUGAUCUAGGAGCGGAGCUUCAACCAAUCCUAGGAAUUGUAACAGAGCAUAUUAAAGGUUUUCUCUUGGUUGGUAGAACUGAACUAGGAGUGGAUGAGAAUACUUUGGUGAUGUGGAGUACACUAUUCUUCAUCCUGGAGAACUUCUCAUCUGAGAUCCAGGACACAGAACUAGAGAACAAUCUGACCCAGCUUUGUCUGGCAACCUCCAGCCAAGCUGACCUGCCCCGACCUCUCUACACCUGUCUACUGACAGGCCUGGAGCGUUUGGUUGUAGCUGGUCGUAUCAAAGGUCGCCAGCUGGAUCAACUCGUAAAAAUCGCCACAGAUCUAAUGACAGAGUGGGCGCCAGUUAGCGUGAUACCCGCCGUUCAGUUGUUCCUAGCGGCGAUGUACGCCAGUCAUCCUCCGUCUAGUGAGUACAGUGGUCAGCCAGCUCCUCUCACAGAUCCUGAACAGCUGAUGCAGAUGAUGGAACAGAUGUCGAUACUGUUUGAUUGUGUAAGGCGGGCUGGUCCUCCUCAAGCUGAACUACUCUCAGAGAUACUUCCACAGGUUUUGAUUGAUUUCUUCCCAGCAAGUGAUGUGGUGAACCGUGUAAUAUCGGAGUUUAUAUCUCCCGGUCAACCUCAUCCUGCUCUACUAGCUGGGGUACUCAGACAGAUAUUUAGAGCAGCUGUAUCUCAGAACCAGCAGAGUAUGCUGACAGAAUGGGUUCUGGUUUCUCUACCUAACUUUACAAGACGUGCUCCUCUCUCCCACUCCAUCUGGUGUUUAUCAUGCUUUUUCCUUGCUGCUUCCACAAACCCUUGUUUACAGGCAAUGUUCCCCCACCUGUUGUACAGAACAACCUCUACUGAAACCUUGAACUCGACCUCGCAUGAGGACAGGAGGCUCUUCUGUUUGGCCGGAGCAGACUUCUACUUCCUGCUGACAGAUAAGAGACAGAAGGAUAAAUUCAUCCAGACAUUUCAAUCCGCAGCCGAACCUGGAAACCCUUAUUCAGAACUCCUGGCUACUGUUGAGACAAGGCAGGAAAAUUAAACGGGCUAAUUUUUUUUUAAUAAAAAAAAAUAAUGUGCUCUUGUGAAAAGGGAAUAUAUAUUAUUAUACAAGGGCGUCUUUUUACCCCCACUCUCCCCCCCAACGCCCUCUUGGAAAAAUAUAUAGCUCUUGGCACACCUCCCCGCCCCCCCUCCACUGUACGCCCCAAAAUAUAAGACAGAUGAGGUAUUUAUGUUGAAUUAAUGUUAAUAUUUAAAUCUGUUUAAAUUAAUGGCUUGCUCGGAAAAAAGAAAAUUACAUUUUCUAAAGAAAGAAUUAUAAAAUCUGAGAUAUUAUAUAUAAUAAACGUAAUAUGUUCUACAUGAUAUAUUUUACAAUUUCUCUUAAUAUUACUAAUCAAAUCAUAAUAAAUGUCGGUUCACAUUGCAAAAAUGAAUUUAACUCCGUUAUAUCGACAUGAAAUUGUAUAGAUUGAAUACAAGUUAACAGAAUGUAUGUUGAUACUUAUUUAAAAUAUUCUUCAACACUCGGUAGGCUUAUGCACGUACAUAUUGUACAUUUACACACUAUUGCAUUCCUGUAGGAACAUCAUUUAGUCUUUCUGUGAUAUAUAUUUAAUUUUUAAUAAAGAUUAAUGAAAGAA